AUGGACCGUCCACGUAGGUCGGCACGUCAAUCGAUGUCAGGCCAUCAGUCUCCUGCCCCAACAUCGACGUCAUAUGGCUCAUCAGCAGCGGCGAUCCCCUCGAACAUGGUCCCUCCAGCAGCGAUGGCAAAUGGCACCUCGAGCUCGUCGCGGUACCAAGCUUCGAGCUAUGCAUCGCCAGCCGCCUACCACAACCAACUUGCUCACACGCCAUCCGGUUCGGGCAGUAGUCUUAUUCAAGCAGGCUCAGCUCUUUUGCCGCAGCAGCAGCACAUGUCAACUCCGCAUCCAUCCUUUCCGCAGCCAAUGCCGCACGACUCUCAAACUGCCAGUCAGCUAGCUCUGCAGUCCUUACCGAAUGUCUACUUUCUCGGUCGAGGUUCAGCGCCGAUCGCACCAGGAACAUCGGCAGCUCCACCACGACCUUUUGGAACAGCAGCUUCAACAGCCACCAUCCCACAAGCCAUGUACAGCACAUUCCCUGCUCGUAUGAAAGCCGGCACAACCAACUUGCUCCAAUCCAUGCCGCAGUCAGAAUGGUACGAUCCAUCUGGUAAACCGCUUGACCCGCUCAGCACACCAGGCUAUGACUCUCCCCAUGCAGCUACCUCCUAUCGUUCCUCACGAGUCAGUGGACGUAGCAGGCGUGCUGCAGCUGGCUUCGUCCGCUAUGCUGAAGCGGCAAGCUCCGAUGACGAGUUCGAAGAAGACAUGUCGCGCGCAGGCACAGAAGACGAUGCCGCCUCUCGAGGUCUCAAGCGAGGUCUGCAAGAUGAACAACACGAUUCAUCCAAAGCCUAUCUUGCUCUUCCACCACCUGCGUCCAGAAUGGUAGCAAAACGCGUCUUUCAUCGCACUAACCACGUCUAUCACAACCAUGACGAUCUAGAACGGCAGGCAGGCAGAAACGAGAUCUUGGUACCGAUCAAAAUCGACCUCGAAGCAGAACAGUACCGCAUCAAAGACUCUUUUACGUGGAACAUGAACGAACGACUCAUCUCACCUCACCAUUUCGCCAAGCUCUUACUGGAAGACUUGGACAUUCCAGUCGAACCUUAUGCUACGCAGAUCAUGAACCUCAUCAACCAGCAGAUCGAAGAUGCAACGGGUGUAGCUGAUAUUGAGUUGGAGCCUGCCGCGGGGGGGAUCUGGGCUUCUGCCCGUCUCGCUGGCAAACAAGGCGAGUUGUCGUUGCCGCUUUCUGAACAAAGUCACUACGAUCCUUUGGAGGAAGCGACAAAGGAAGCCAGAUCAUGGAAUUGGGGUCUCGAGAGGUCUGAUGAGCAACAACGAGCAUGGCGAAAGCAAAUGGCCAAACGACUCCAUACAGGCCAAGGCUUGGGUGAUUUCGAAGAUGAUCUGCGUGUCAUUGUUGAUUAUGAGGUACAGAUUUUAAGGCACAUGCUGAGGGACAGGUUGGAGUGGGAUCUCUGCUCGCCCCUUACGCCGGAAUCGUUUGCGAGUAAGCUUUGCGAUGAUUUGGCAUUGUCAGGCGAGGCUCAGGCGUUGAUUGCGAAUAGUGUACGGGAACAGCUCAUCAAUCAUAAGCGUGCUGCGUUGGAGUUGGGUCUUGCCGGCAGUGGUAGGCUGAUUAAGCAGAAGGAGAACGAGAUUCAGGCCGCUUGGGCAGAGUUGCAUGCGGAGAAAUUGGAGAAGCAGAGAAACAAGUUGGACAAGGGAGGUACCAUGUCGGAGCCUCAGUCGCAUGUUCAGUCGGUGGAUGCUACGAGGGAGCCAUCUGUGCAGCCUAGUGUUGCUGCUGAUGACCUUGGUACUAGUCAAGAUGGCGGGGCAAAGGAGGAGGAUAUCCGCGCUUCAGUGGACGGAGCUGGUGGUGGUGGUGGUGGUGGUGAGCAAGGUGAGGACGACGAAGAAGAUGUCGAAACUCUCCAUCUCACCGCUACUGCCACAGCGGCACCCACACGAGAAGGCACUUGCACACCCGCCAUCCAACCACGCUCCUCCUCUCUCAACAUUCCAGCUACUCGCUCCUCCGCUCGUCUAUCGGAAAAGUUAUCCGAAGCUGCCACGGCCUCUGACGCCACCAGCACCAGCCAACCAAAACUUAGCGCCGCGCAACGACUUCACAACGCCUCGUACACUCUCCGAGAAAUCCUCUCGCGUGGUCCGAGACCCUUGGAGGCGAUUUGGAGAGAUUGGCACGAGUCUCGAGAGUUCGGCCCACUGUUGGAAAGACUGAGUGAUGAUGAUCUUGAGAAGCUGGAAGAGGCUAACAUUAGGGCCUCUAGAAGGAAUAGGAGGGAAGCUGCUAGAUCCUUUGGCGGUAGGAGGAGGCGAUGA